UUGUUUUCCUGGUUUGUAAACGAUGCUGCUGUAAUUCUAUCUGCAUUUUUUUUUUUUCCUCCCCCUGCUCAUUCACCACUCAGCAGCUGGUAGGGAAUUAAGACUGCCUGGCAACCACCUGCAGAGCUGCAGAGAUGAAUUACAUUUUUGGAAAUAACACACUCCUCUAUUCUCGCACCAGUCGAGGCAACGCUGCCUCCAGCCACAGCUCUGUAGGCCCCAAACAGAAGCAGUGGGCAAAGAAAGGCUCAACAGAUGAGUUACGGACUGAGCCUUCCCGGUGGCAGCAGAUAGUGGCAUUUUUCACUCGGAGACAUGGCUUCAUUGACUGCAUUUCUGUCGCUGCCAGCUCCACCCAGCCCACAGAAGCUGUUCCUUCCUCUCCUCCCAUUGUCCCUGUGAUCCCUGUCCCACCAGUCCCUGCUGAGACCAUCCCAUCCACCAUACCACAGGCAAAUCCCCCUCCAGUGCUGGUGAAUACAGAUUCUUUGGAGACUUCAACAUAUGUCAAUGGCACGGAUGCAGAUUAUGAGUAUGAAGAAAUUACACUUGAAAGGGGAAAUUCAGGACUUGGCUUUAGCAUUGCAGGUGGUACAGACAACCCACAUAUUGGGGAUGAUGCAAGUAUUUUCAUUACAAAAAUUAUUGCCGGGGGUGCAGCUGCACAGGAUGGAAGAUUACGGGUUAACGAUUGUAUCCUACGAGUGAAUGAGGUGGAUGUUCGGGAUGUGACACACAGCAAAGCCGUGGAAGCAUUGAAAGAAGCGGGAUCAAUCGUACGAUUGUAUGUCAAGAGGAGAAAACCAGUCACAGAAAAAAUAGUGGAAAUCAAACUUGUGAAAGGCCCCAAAGGUCUUGGUUUCAGUAUUGCUGGGGGUGUAGGAAAUCAGCAUAUACCUGGGGACAACAGCAUUUAUGUAACCAAAAUCAUCGAAGGUGGGGCAGCACAUAAAGAUGGCAAACUUCAGAUUGGAGACAAACUUUUAGCUGUCAACAGUGUUUGCUUAGAAGAAGUUACUCAUGAAGAAGCAGUGACUGCCUUAAAAAACACAUCUGACUUUGUUUAUCUGAAGGUUGCAAAACCCACCAGCAUGUUCAUGAAUGACAGUUAUGCUCCUCCUGAUAUCACAAACUCUUAUUCUCAGCCAGUGGAUAACCAUAUCAGUCCCUCUGCCUACCUGGGACAGUCCCUGCCCCCAGCAUCACCAGGGCGAUAUUCACCAGUUCCCAAGGGAAUGCUUGGAGAUGAUGAGAUUACCAGGGAGCCUAGAAAGGUUGUCCUACAUCGAGGAUCAACAGGUCUUGGUUUCAACAUUGUUGGAGGAGAAGAUGGAGAAGGAAUUUUCAUCUCUUUCAUCCUUGCAGGAGGGCCAGCUGACCUGAGUGGAGAGCUUAGGAAAGGAGAUCGUAUAAUUUCUGUAAAUGGAGUAGAUCUAAAAGCAGCAACCCAUGAACAGGCAGCAGCAGCCCUGAAGAACGCAGGCCAAGCAGUGACUAUUGUAGCUCAGUACCGUCCAGAAGAAUACAGUCGUUUUGAAGCUAAAAUCCAUGAUUUACGGGAGCAGAUGAUGAACAGUAGCAUUAGUUCAGGAUCAGGAUCUUUGCGAACCAGCCAGAAGAGAUCUCUCUAUGUCAGAGCUCUUUUUGAUUAUGACAAGACUAAAGAUAGUGGCCUUCCAAGUCAAGGAUUGAACUUCAAAUUUGGCGAUAUUCUCCAUGUCAUUAAUGCUUCUGAUGAUGAAUGGUGGCAAGCACGGCAGGUAACUCCAGAUGGAGAAAGUGAUGAAAUUGGAGUUAUCCCAAGCAAACGGAGAGUUGAGAAAAAGGAACGAGCUCGUCUGAAGACAGUGAAAUUCAAUUCCAAAACAAGAGGAGAUAAAGGGGAGGUCCCUGACGACAUGGGAUCAAAAGGCCUGAAGCAUGUAACCUCUAAUGCCAGCGAUAGUGAAAGUAGUUACCUUAUCUUGAUUACAGAUGAGUACGGUUGUUCAAAAGGUGGCCAGGAGGAAUAUGUGUUGUCAUAUGAACCAGUCAAUCAACAAGAAGUGAGUUACACUCGACCUGUGAUUGUUUUGGGACCCAUGAAAGACAGAAUAAAUGAUGACCUGAUCUCAGAAUUUCCAGACAAAUUUGGCUCAUGUGUUCCACAUACUACUAGACCAAAACGAGAUUAUGAGGUGGACGGACGUGAUUACCAUUUUGUCACUUCUCGAGAGCAAAUGGAGAAGGAUAUUCAGGAUCACAAAUUCAUUGAAGCUGGCCAGUACAAUAAUCAUCUUUAUGGAACAAGUGUCCAAUCAGUGCGAGAAGUAGCAGAAAAGGGUAAACAUUGCAUUCUUGAUGUUUCUGGUAAUGCGAUCAAAAGGUUGCAGAUUGCCCAGCUGUACCCAAUCUCCAUUUUUAUUAAACCCAAAACAGUGGAAAAUAUCAUGGAAAUGAAUAAACGCUUAACGGAAGAGCAAGCCAGGAAGACAUUUGAGAGAGCCAUGAAACUGGAGCAAGAAUUUACUGAACACUUCACAGCUAUUGUCCAGGGAGACACUCUGGAAGAAAUCUACAACCAAGUGAAACAGAUCAUAGAGGAACAGUCUGGUCCUUACAUCUGGGUUCCAGCAAAGGAAAAAUUAUGAAAACAGAUUUUUAUUUUUCAUUUUAUAACUGACAUCAUCUACUACAUCUGACGACUCUUAAGCCCUUCCAGUGGAGCCUGCCUCUAGUUCUUUCCAGCGUGGUUCAUACCCUAACCAUCACAUUCUGCAGUUCCCAUAAUGCUUUACAUUUGGUGUCUCUCUUAGUUUAAAUAAUUUGUAUUAUUGUGUGUUGUUGGUUUGCCAUUUUUCAAACAUGACAGUGGAAUGGCCUGACCAGCUAUUAGUUUAGGGUGGGGGUGGGAGGGAAUUGCUUGGUAAAAUUCCUUAAUGUUUAAGGGAAAGUAACUUUCAAAGAUUUUUCAAAAAAGCUUUAUAGACAUUCUUUUAAAAUUUCAUAAUAAUUGAAAGAAAAGUUGUAUUCAAGGAAAUUGUAAAUUAUGAGUAACUUUGCACGCUUAACUUUAAUAGCAUGGUUUGGUCAGGGCAAUCAAUUCAGGUUUUAUUUUCUGAGUUCAAUCCUAUUGUCACGGUAUCUUUUUUUCUUUCCAGGCAGUUAGAAAGAAACUUUCAAAUUUUGAGUUAGCAUUUUCAUUAAGUCCCAUUACUACUCCUAAAGGGAUAUUCAUUUUCAUAAUUUCAUACGGAUAUUCUUAUAAUCUAUUUUUUCAUUUUUUGCCAAUAAAAUUACUAGGGACAAGAUGUGUAAUGUUUUUAAUCUUCCUCAUGAAACACUAUUUAUAGUGUGUUACAGAAAUUCUUUAUAGAUAAUGGUCAUCACACUUUUUGAGCCUAAAAAUAGGUUUAGGUGCUAGGAAACAUGUAUUUUUCAGAGGAAUGCCAAAUUUCCAUUGGCAGUAAUUCAGAAAACAGCUGCAGAGAUGGUCAUUAGGGCAAUGAGAGAAUGAUUUAUAGCCUAAAAAUGUGUGUGUUCUUAGGGGUCAGAUUUUAAUGAAUAUUUUACCCACAAUA